GUUGAAUUUUCGUGAGAUCACAAGCUUAGUGUGUGCGGUACUUCAUAUAUUUAUAAUAUGCAGUUGGUUUUGUUCUAUUGUCGACUAGAUGACUUCAUUUCUCAAUCAAAAAGACUCAUUACCCCGAUUUCCAAAUCGUCGUCCUGAAUUUAUUCAAACUCCACCAUCACUAUUGCUAUAUUGAGAUUGAUUAUAAAGUGAAAAUUUCACUCUUUGGGAUGCGUGCUAAGCAAUUCAAAAUGUAUUUCUGCUUAUAAGCAGAGUACUUUUCGUAAGACAUACAUUGGUAUCCUAGUUUAUUCCUAUAGGGUUUAUUAGUUAGUAUGAUUCACGGAAUAAGAUCACUAGCGAUAGUCUGACAUCAGCCCUAAGGAAAGUAUACGUUGUUGUGGAUCUGUUUCCUGGCCGUCUAUGAAAAUUGGGGCUAACUUUGGUGUCGUCUUGCUGUUGGUCAGACUGUAAAAGUCCAGGUCUACGAUGUCUUAGCGAAAGCAGUUACGCCACGUAGUUUUAAAAGCUGGCCUCUCCAAGCUGGAGAUGUGGUGACUCUUUGUGUCAUCCAGUGGUAACAGUAUGUUAGUUAUACGGAAGUUAGGAAAUUUGUGUUUGGGUUUAGUGUUGAUUACUAAAUGUUACCAUCUUGGAAUACUGACUUCGAUGGCUUGAACAUGUUAUAAAUGUCAUCCCAAAUGUCUCCACAUUGUACAUUAAUUUUCAACUUUUGGACUUUGUGAAAAAAUCGAAUUAGUGACCUGUAGGUAACAUAGCGUCGUAGCACAAGAAAAUAUAGGACUGGCAUCCUUUCGUCCAUCACAACUACCUGGAUGAGAUUCUAGGGAUGGUGCAAUUCAAUGGUGAUAGGUACAAACAGUUUCAUACCUGCUCCUUACCAUGCAGCCUGGUGAGUCUUGGACAAUCUGUGGAGUAUGGUGGAAGUCAUCAGUUUUGAAGCAGUGAGCAGACCUGUACUCUGAUAAUUGCCGCAUAACUUACGUGUGACAUUUUCCAAGAUCGGAAUCACGAUCUGUUUAUUCCAGAAUGAUGUGAAACGCUUUGUACACUAGUUGUUUUCAAACAUUUUAGUCAGUUCUCUGACCAGGAUUUUCACUUCUUCUUAGAAAAGGAGAGGGGGGUUGUUGUUUUAGAUCGGUAACUUGUGACUUUUUAGGAGUAGAGGUUCUUUACGGAUACCUGGAUUGAUCUUCAUGGACUAAAGAACACAAAGCGAACUGAUUGAGGUUUUAAAUUAUUAAGGCGGUCAAACUAUUUUCCAGAGUGCUCUACUCGAUAUCCAAACGUCUUUAGAGGUUAAUGACUGGAGUACCAUCAACUUAACAGGUUAUUUUAUUGUCAGCGUACUUCUUUCUGCUUGUGGCUUAUGUAUGUUGAAAUAUCUUUGUCAGAUAACGGAUGAAACUUGCUAACACAUUCUGAUCACUAGAUAAAUCAAACUGUAAUCAAGUUUCUUAAAACUUUCUGAGGUAUGUUCCUGCUGUUAAACUCACAAUUCAACAGAUCAGACUAGUGUGCCUCCAAAAGUUUCAAGGAACCUACAGUAACCUAGUGUUUGUCAAACCACAGAUGAAUUUUCUCACCAUUUUCAUGAAAGUGUAGUUAGUGGUCGUCCUCAGUUGUCGAUGAGGUGGUUGCUAGCCUUGAAUCUAGAUCGUUUUGAUGUUCAGUUACAAUGAAAGAUGCCUCAUUUUGUAUGUAUCGAUCCGCUUCGAGGUUUUUUUCAAGAAGACUCAAGAUAAGCUUGACACGCAUAGACAUGACCAAAAUCUGAAUAGGUGCUCUAAGAAAUAGCACUCCCACAUAUAUGCAGCCCAUCCAGUGCUAAAUGCAGUAUGAUCAGUUUAAGUCCAGAUUUAAGCCUCGCAGCAAAAAUGCCAAUAGCAAAUCGUCAGUGACUGUAACAGAUGUUAGUUCUGACUAAAACAGGUUCUGAUAUAUACAUGGCUUCAGUAGACGAUGCCCUUUAUCCCACUUGUUAUCCAAAGACUUAUUUCUGUCUGCAAAUACAAGUCCUUAUCUAGCACCAAAAUAUUUUUCGAACGCGCCCUAUUGGGAUCGUUUAAUUAUUAGCAAAACUCAUUCUUUAUUGGGUCUGAAGCUCGAUCCGUCAGUGAGUAGGCAGGCGUUACAUAAAAGAGGUUUAUCAUGGUAGUUUUUUCCUGUUUUGGACCUUCUAGAUUAGCAGCGCAUGACUUAACAGAAAUGCAGUUCAUUGAUAAUGUCCACGAUAUAAGACGUAGUUCCACACCAACACGCCAGUUCCUUUGAGGCCCUGGAUCUACAUCACAGUGUGAAUAUUGGUUUCGGCGGGAUAAGAUAAACGCAUGGCUUCAGAAAAUCUGUAUCAGUCAUUGCAUUCGAUGACAAUAUUAAAAAGAUCAAUCAUUUACCGACUUGAGACCGAUUGGAGAGAACGAGGUUCAACAAGAAUGAACUUCUGAUGGAUGGCCGUGUCGAAUUGUACGAAGAAGUAAAACUUUAUCGUUCUGCACGCGAAAGAGAAAAGUAUGACAAUCUUGCUGAACUCUAUGCUGUUAUCAACACCAUACAAUGUUUACAAAAAGCAUAUAUUAAAGACUAUGUGGAAUCAAAAGAGUAUACUGCUGCCUGUUCAAAGCUUCUUGUCCAAUACAAAGCUGCAUUUAAACAAGUUCAAGGAGAUGAAUUUGCUACUGUAGAGGAUUUCAUGCGAAAAUAUAAAAUGGAUUGUCCAGCAGCUCUAGAGCGUAUUAAGGAGGGAAGACCGAUAACUAUCAAGGAUGAUAAACAAAAUAUAAAUAAAAGUAUUGCUGAUACUGUUUCUUUGUUUAUUACUAUUAUGGAUAAGCUGCGACUAGAUAUUCGCGCAGUGGAUGAACUCCAUCCAGAUCUUCGAGAAUUGUAUGAAACUCUUUAUCGGUUGAGUAUUCUACCUGCAGAUUUUGAGGGUAAAGAUAGAGUGAAAGCCUGGCUAGACAAAAUGGAUCAAAUGCAAGCGUCUGAUGAAUUAUCUGAAGCUGAAGUACGACAGAUGCUUUUUGAUUUAGACUCUGGAUAUAAUGCCUUCAAUCGGACAUUGCAUUCUGGCCAGUGAAUACUCAACAAGAUAUAUAUAUAUAUAUAUAUAUAUAUAUAUAUAUAUAUAUAUAUAUAUAUAUAUAUAUAUAUAUAUAUAUACCUAAUAUGCUCUUCAAAGUAGAAAAAUUUCUUUUUAUACUUAACUUCUAUUAUUUAAUUGCUUCUUUUCUUUUAACAUUCGUGUAAAUUAAAGACUGUUACAAGAAAUUAAAAGUAAUAUUGUGGUUA